AUGCCCGGGGCGGCAGCGGCGGCUUCGACGCCCGCAGCCGACGUCCCGAUCGACAGCAACAAGCACCGCAACAUCAAGAAGGACCAAGGCCUCGACGGUGGUUCAGGACAUCGGAGGGGCAGUGGAGACCGACAGCGACGACAGACCGAUCCAGAGCGAUGGGGCAAGCGGACCAUCGGCGAAUGGAUGACACUGGAUCGUCGGGACCUACGACUGGACUGGGACAGAGCGGAGGCUGCCAACGAGAAAGACGAUCGCUACACGGGCAAGCCCUGCUACGGCGAGCACGACACGACACACCCGCUGGCGAGGCACGCCAACGGAUACAAGGUGAGCUACAAGUGCGUGAGAUGCGAGCUGGUCAUGCUGUACAUCCCGAAGCACGGGGCGACGGGCAGGUACAGGCAGAAGGGAGCUCUGGGACCGACCGUGGGAAAAAUCAAGAUCGAAGAAGUGACGAAGGAGAAGGUCACCAAAGAGAAGGCGACGUCGGAGAGAGAGAGCCGGACCAAGAUCGAAGAGGUGUCUUCGGAGGACUCAUUCGAGAAGGCCGGAGAAUCAGAGGAGGAGGAGACGCCGUACCCGAGCACCGAUCAGAUGAGCAAGGCCGACAUGAUGUUCGACCAGAUGCGCGACAGCACCAAGCGGAGGACGGACCCACCGACUCGCAGGAAGAAGAAGGAGUCUCCCCAGGCGGGGGAGCCUGUGGGGGACGACGACGUCAUCACGUUCGGGAUUGACGUCGAGUACCACAAGGAGGAGAUUACCCUGAAGGACUACAGCUGGGUGCUAGAGCAGGUGACAGAAGCUGGGAUGGCGACAGACCUCUACGUGAAACAGCUGAUCGAGUUCUGCACGGAGGAGGACAGCCAGCUCGGGAAGGUCGCGGAGGAACGCGAGGACGCCGAGAUCAUCAGGAUCACGCGGAAGGACGCGGAUCUCAGCACGAAGCAUGGACUGGAGUUGGCCAAGAACCUGGCGGUGAAAAACCCUGGAGCAGACAUCUGGGGAAGCCUACCGUGCACAGCCGUCAGCGCGCUUCACAACGGUUACAUCGGCAGACAGCAUGGCCAGUACUGGAAGAAGCUCGAAGCACGAAAGAAGAACCUUAAGAAGAUUGUGAAUCACUUCAUGGAAGUGAGCAGGAUUGUCGAGGACAAUGGUGGGGACGUGCACUUCGAGUGGCCACGUAACUGCCAUGGCUGGAAGUACUUCCCGGAGCUGAUAGAGUUCUUUGGUGAGAUGGGCAUGGAGAAGGUGAACUUCGACGGGUGCCAGGUCGGGGUGGUCAACACCAAGGGCGAGCCGAUAUACAAACCGUGGACGCUGUGGACCAGCAGGAAGAAGCUCGCAACGGCCCUGAGUGGCAAACGCUGCCCAGAUCCCCAAGGACACGGACAUGCAGAAUGCUGUGGGAAGGAUGCUACACUAUCGGGCAAAUACCCCGCACGAAUGGCAAGGAUCAUCUGGCGGAAUAUCGUGGAACCGCCGAAGCUGAUGGGCAUGAUCGAGGAGCUGAGACAGGAGGAAGCCCUGGCGAACGACAACAAGGAGAUGUUCGACCAUGAGAGGGAGCUAGAGCUGACAAGCGACGAGCAACAACAAUGGAACGACCUGCCGGCGCUGAAGCAGAAUGAGUUAAUGAAAGCAGCGAUGCGGCUGCAUCGGAAUACUGGACAUCGACCACAGAGGGUGAUGAUCAGGAUCCUGCGAAGACGUGGGGCUUCAGCGACGACAAUCGCAGCCGUGAAGCAGAUCAAGUGCAGCUCGUGCAUUGAGAAUCAGAUACCAAGACCUAGACCAGCAGCGGUACUCGAGCCAGCUCGAGAUCUAUGGCAGGUGGUCGGCAUCGACGUGAAGGAGAUCGUAGGCAACGACCAGAUCAAGCGGAAGUACCUUGUGAUCGUGGACGAGGCGAGUAAGCUGACGCUGGCGGUCAAGAUCUUCUCAAUACCCGCUCAGGAGUCGAGGAACUGCACCGCCAAGGAGCUGCUGGAUGCGUUCAGAGGACAUUGGUCAGAUCGGUAUGGCAUGCCAAGCGUACUGAGGCUCGAUCCGGAAGGAGCAUUCGUGUCACACGAGUUCUAUGACAAUAUUGCAGGUGAAGGAGUGCAGGUGGAUCCGUGUGCCACCCAGGCUCACUGGCAGAAUGGCAUCGCGGAGCGUGCAAUCAAGACGGUGUUCGAGUGCGCCAAGGCCAUGCAUCGUGAUCAUGAGACCGACCUGGAGGCAGCUGUACAUGCGGCGGUGGAGGCACAUAACACGGUCGAGAGAGUCGAUGGAUACAGUCCGAGUCAAUGGGCCUUCGGACGAGACAAGAACUGGUCAGGGACUCUCAAGAAGGAGGAUCACCUGGACGUCGUGAAGUGCACGAACCAGAGCUACAUGGAGAACCUGUCCAAGCGGGUGCUGGCAUCAAAGAUCAUUGGACUGGAGAGUCUCAACAAGGGGGAUGUGAUUUCCGUGGACAAAGAGGACGCGCCGAUGAAUGAGGAGACCUACACACCGGAGACCACAGCUCGUGCACCAGAAGACGGAGACAAGGAGGACCACUGGGAAGAAGGUGAGUUCGAAGGCUUCAGAGCCAAACCGGAAAAGACGACCAUGGAAAGGAUCACCGUGAUCAGGUAUGAGGACGGAUCCGAGGAGACGGUCAAGGACGACAACUGGAAAGUGCAUGGGAAGUCUACGAGGUCAAUGGGACGACGCUGGACUGGCAGGACCUACCUGUUUCCCAUCACGGACAAGCCAGAGGAGAUGAAGGUAGACCAGAACGCCAAGGAGGUGAUCCAUGAGAAGGCGAAGAAGAUGGUCGUGGAGCAGGUACCGGAGACCCAUGGGGACAAUGGGAAAGACCAGCCGUCAGUGGAUGACAUCGAGAGCGAGAAGGUAGAGAACACGAAACAGACAACUGCAGGAGGAGCAGAUCUCAAAAAACGGAUCGUCGAGAAGAGAAAAGUCAAGACCGACCUGUUCGAAAAGACGAAGAGGAGGGUCAGGAUGCGGACCAACUUCGGACCAGCACUGAGGAGCUACAGUGCCUUCUUCAAUGACAAGAUCGCGGACGGUGACCAGAUGGACUGGGACAAGCUCGACUGGGAGAACUUCGACGUGGCGGCAUGGGCUGCUACGGAGAUCCAGGAGGACCUGGAGAUCCCGACGGGGAUCGACUACAUCGAGGUAGCGUUCGAGGCGUUCGACGCGAACAGUAUGAACAAGUUCACGAGGCAGCCGGAGCAGUACAUCACCAAGGCGAUGAAGAAAGGAAGGUCUGAGGCAAGUGUCAAGCACAUGACCGACGAGCAGAAGAGUCUGAUGAAGGUGGCGAAGCUGGUCGAGGUGAGAGACUGGAUCGCCAACGACGUGCUGGAGAGGUUACCGCCACACAUCAAGCCGAAGUCGUCGGACGUCCUGAAGACGCGCUGGGUACUCACCUGGAAGAAGGACGAAGCGACAGGAAAAGGGAUGCCAGACGACAAGCCGACCUACAUCGAGGCCAACGAUGAGCUGGCGGAGGAGUUCGGAGUACCUGGAGGGACAGCGGUGAGACUAAAGAAGGCAGUGUACGGACUAUGUCAAGCACCAAAGUCGUGGUACGAGAGCGUGGACACCCUGAUGGAGCAGCUCGGUGGACAACGAUGCGUGUCGGACCCGUGCGUCUGGGUUUUCAGCGACGAGAACAACAACGUGUUCGGGGUAGUUGGCACACACGUGGACGACUUCCUGAUCGCCGGAGAUGGUGGAGUUCGAUGGCGAGAGAUCGAGGUGAAGCUGCAGAAGGCGUUCCGCUGGACUCCAUGGGAGGAAGGAAGCUUCAAGCAGACCGGACUGUCGGUCAUGCAGACGGCCAGCAGCGAGAUCACCAUACACCAGAAGGAGAUCAUCGACAACAUCACCGAGAUCAACAUCGGACAAGAGCGUCGCAAACAACGGGACCAGAAGCUGACGGAUAAGGAGAUGACGAUGCUUCGGGGUGCACUGGGCGAGAUCCAGUGGGUGGCGACGCAGACGAUGCCGAAAUAUCAGGCGCAGUGCUCAAUAUAUCAGAGCAGUGGACCGACGGCGACAGUGGAGACGCUCUUCGGGAUCAACAAGCUGAUCAGACAGAUGAAGAACGAUCACGGCUACAAGCUGAAGUUCGAGAGUUUCGAGGGAGAAGGAGUGGUCGUAGCGAGAGCAAGACGGCAGCCGAUGCUGGAGGGCGUGAAGCAGGUACGAUCGUGCCUGUGCGUGGACGCUAAGAGCAUCUACGACUGUCUGGCCAAGCAGGUGCAGAUGCAGAGCCUGGCCGAGAAACGGACGGCGCUCGAGCUGAUGGCCUUCGAGAAGUGCAUCAACGAGACAGAGUUGAUUGUGCGGUGGUGCCACUCCGAGGCCAACCUGGCCGACAGCUUGACAAAGACGACAGCUACAGGGCCCAUCGACCUGUACAUGAAGACGUGGAGCUGGGCACUGGUAGACGACGACGAGCAGCUCAGUGCCAAGACGCGUAAGGAGCGCGGGAUGAGCAGGUUCGAGAACAGCAAGGAUAUCUCUGGCCUCAUCAAGAUGGCAUUCAUGAAAGUGGGAGUGUCGUUACCAUAUGCAGCAGAUGGUGAUGACAAUGAUGACGAUAACAUGAUAGUGAGUGAGCCGACAUCCUAUGGCUGA